UGGGACUUCCGGAGCCGGUUGCUAGGACAAGCACGUUUCUUUCCUUAACAACGGGAGCGAGGCUGGGCCUGGGGCCCGGGAGGAGGCGGCGCAGCAGUGUCCCUUGGGCAAAGAACCUCUUGCCUCUGCUGAACCUGUGUUCUGCUUGAUCCUGGAGAAUUCCACCCCACUUAGUCUCCGGCACCACAGCACCUUGCUGGUACCAAUCAAGCCCCUCCGCUCCUUCCUGGGGUCACAGUGGAAGGACCAUGGCAGACACUGGGGAGGGAAAGAAGGAGGAGGCUGAUUAUAAAAGACUUCACAGCUUCCCACUGAUCAGGCACACAGACAUGCCAGAGGAGAUGCGUGUGGAGGCCAUGGAACUGUGUGUCACCGCCUGUGAGAAAUAUGCCACCAACAAUGAGAGUGCUGCCAAGAUGAUCAAGGAGACAAUGGACAAGAAGUUUGGCUCCUCCUGGCAUGUUGUGAUUGGCGAGGGCUUUGGCUUUGAGAUUACUCAUGAAGUGAAGAACCUGCUGUACAUGUUCUUUGGUGGCAGUCUGGCUGUUUGUGUCUGGAAGUGCUCUUGACAUCCAUGUUCAUGUCACCACAAGGAAUAUUUUAAUUCCCUUCCUGGGUUUUGUACUAUCUUGAAGCAGGGCUUUAUUUUUAAUAGUAAAACUUUGAGAGUUGUUUUCAUAUUUACGUACCGGUUUACUAGGGUAUGUAUAGUCCGUAUGGUGUGUGUACAUGUGUCAGUCUGCUGAGUUAUCAAAUCUUACUUCUUGGGGUCUCACAAUGAUCUUGUAUUUGGGUGUGGCUCUUCCAGAGAGGGUGAAGUUAGGCAAGGGGUUCUGGUGGGUUUGCAGUCUCAUGAGACACAGUUUAUGAAGCCAUACAUUAGAACUGGGAAUGGGUGUGAAACAACAAAGAAAAUAACCAGGCUGUCCAUCUGCUCUUCCCAUCCUUCCAUACUAUUUUUCUUCUCCUCUGCAAUCCUUCCUGCAGUAUAGAAUAGCUCUCAUGACCAGUGUCUGUUCCUUCAGUGGCCAUCAAUGUUGACAGCAUUUUUGGUGACCUCUUGGAACAGGUCCUAUGUGGACUUCUCUCCCCUUUGUCCCAGGUAGUGCCGGGAGCUAAUUCUGCCUUUCUGCACUUCUUUCCCACUUACUGGGAGAGGAACAUGACAGCUGAGCUGCCUGGGUGUGAGAACAGAGUGAAGAUUUGGCAGUUCAAACCCAGCAGAAGGCUGUAGCCCAGAUUGACCCCUCCUCUUUUCCACACCCACUGAGCACUGAUAUAGCUCUGAAACUUAGGCGGUUUGUGGCAAGUGGAGGAGUGGGUGAGAACACUCUACCAAAUUUGGAUUCAUGCUUGAGAGGAACAUAAGCUCUCAGGAGUGUCAUGGGUGCCAGUGCUGUGUGUACUCUGUAUCUGGCUUAGAGGCUCACAGUGGGGACAGGCCUCCAUGUGACCUGCCUCUCUCAGACAUCAGAGAUUUAAUGUACAUUUGUACUUCAGUCCGUUCAGUCUGCUUCAUCUUUUUAAAGCUCUGGGAAGUGUGUUAAGAGAUGGAAUGGACCUAAUUGUAUUUUACAUAUAUGGCUUAUUUAUAUGCAUUUGGGAAUUUUUUUUUUACAAUAAAAAGAAUGAUGUCA